CUAAAGUCAAGCGAGAGAUCGGUGACGGAGUUUUCUUGCCGCCGGAGCCGGAGUUUCUCUUCCUCAGUCUGUUGUUGAACCAGUAACAUAUACUUUCGAUCGGAGCAUUCUCAGUAAAUCUUGAUUUUUUUGUUCUUCGUCGCUCGCUUGUGUGGCAUAGUCAAGUCUUUUAAGUUAUCAUCUCAUUUGAGCAAUCCCAUCUCUGUCGAUCGAUAUAGUACCUAAUUGAGGAAAGAUGAACAAGCUGCUGGAAUAUGGGAGAAAAGCAAUGUUCUAUGUGAGAGUCCUCUCUGGGUAUGAAGAACGGAGAAUCCGGACUUACAGGUUGCAACUCGAAAAGCGUAUCCAGCAGGCCCAACAAAGGAAAGCAGAGAUAAACAGACUCCCAGAGCAGAUUGUAUUAUCUGAAGUCCGCCGUAUGGUUGAGGAGAUGCAGAAUUUGAAUAAGCAGAUUGAGAAUACGGAGGCUCAGAUUGAAGACUACUUCAAACCGAUAGACAAGCAAGCUGGUACCAUAAUGGAGGUUCAGCUCGAAGGAGAGAAGAAAACGAUGGGGACAUUGAUGAACGCAACACAACAGGAAGCUAUAAGAAAGAUUGAAGAGGCUGAGAGACUCGCUCGGGCACGCGGAAAUGCAAAUAUGAGUGCAGAGGCAAACACGGGAGAGAAGAUCCAGGAUUCAGAAUCCUCAGCCAACGAAAAAGCCCAAGCAAAAUAA